GGAGGCUGCCGGCAAUGCCGCGAUGCCGCGAUGCUGCGAUGCUGCGAUGGACUCGUCCCAAUCGGGCCAAGGGCCAACGUGACGUGGAGGCGCCCGGGCCGAUGACUAAGCGGCAGGCUUUUCUGGCGGUCUCUCGUGUGUGUCAUUUCGUGUCAUUCUCUGGGACUGCGCGCAAUCAUCCUGUUCCUGGUGGCAUGCAAGGUGAAGGUGCCAACGCCAUCGCUACUAGUCUAGAACUACCCCGGCCUUAAUUCCCAGACUGGUCUAUCCCCGUCGACCAUGCAGGGAGGCCCCGCGGCCAGCCCUACCCCCGAGGGGGACCGUUACACCUACACCCCCCUCCGCCGCACCGCCAGGGCCUGUGACUCGUGCCAUCGGAGGAAGAUCCAAUGCGAUACAUCCAUCCCGUGUAAUUGGUGCCGCCACCACAACCUCGACUGCACCUUCGACCGCCCUAUCGGGGGCUCCAAGCGGAGGAAGGCCAGUCACCCUCGUCCGCCCCCGCCCCCGAAUCCUAAUCCAAAUCCAAAUCCAAAUUCCAAUCCAAAUCCGAAUCCGAAUCCGAAUCCGAGUCCCAAUCCCAAUCCCAAUCCCACGCCCUCCACCUCCCAGCGCUCCUCUCGGUCGAAUGAGGAGCUCGAGGAUAGAGUUGAGAGGCUGGAGCAGCUGCUAAUGCAGUCCAUCUCGACCAACGAUCACCCAAAGCAUUGUUUCUCCUUGCUAUCCAAGGGCUGUCUCGACACGGGACAUGGGCCCGGCACGGCUAGCCCGCUGUCAAGUGAGACAUCGACUCCGAAUUGGGUUCCACAUCCAAGCAGUGGCUUGUGCUUCGGCAAGCUGCAUUUCGCCGGGCGCUAUGUCGGCGACUUUAGCUCCUACAGCGGCAUCCCAUGCUUCUCCCAUGACGGUCACGAAUGGGUGCGAUCUCGCACCGGGGAAGAUGACACGUUCGAGGGAAUCUUUACCUUCAAGUUCCCAAAGGAAGCCCCGCUGUUCAUGAGUCCCGAUGCGAAUAUGCAAGUCUUUCCGGGUGGACCGGAGCUUCCGGACCGAUCGGUGGUCGAUCAGUACACGACCCACUACUUUUCGACCGGUGUUCGCAUUGUGUUUCCGAUAAUAGAUAAAUUGCUUUUCCAGGAUACGAUUAACAUGGCGUACCAACCACCCCGGGGAUCUCCGUCGGUCGAGCAAACCAGUGCCCGGAUGUGUGUCCUGGCGUUCCUCGCAUUUGUCGAUGAAAUCGAGCCCUCCGCGGACCUUCCCCCCAUAAACUCGGACCUGUGUGCCGCUAAGGCGCAGAGCCUUCUCCCGUUUAUCCUCCACGACAUCAGCUUGCAGACGCUUCAGGGCAUGAUCCUGCAGUCUGCGUAUCGAACUUUCACCGGGGAGCUGCUAGUGGCCAACCAGUUCCACUCCAUGGCAUGCCGGAUCAUGUUCACCCUCGGCGGUCAGACCCUGGCUCCGGAACGGCCGGCCGCUGGUAGGCUGACAGAAACCGAAGAACGGACAUGGCAGUUUCAGAAAACCCUCCGGAGGCUGUUUUGGCUGUGCUACGGGUACGACAAAGAAAUUUGUUUCCGGACUGGUCAGCCACCGGUCAUCGACGAUGAUCACUGCGAUCUCAACCUCCCGGAGCACUACAGCAAUAUGCAGUACCCGGAGCCAGACCAGGAUCCCGAUCUCUACGAUGAGGUGACCAUCCCCCUCUUCCCUGGUGACCUGCGACUCACCAUGCUCAAAUCCAAAACCUACCGCACCCUGUAUUCGUCCUCCGCAUUGCGCAAAUCCGAUGCCCAGUUGUUGCAGACCAUCCGUGAAUUGGAUGACGAGCUGGAACAAUGGCGACUGAGUGUUCCCGUCCCCCAUCGCCCUUCACUGGGCCCUUUGUUCGAAACCCACUCGAACCCCCUUCUCCGCAUGCAGGGGAUUGUCGUCCGUUUAGAGUAUCACUAUAUGAUGGUCACGAUCCAUCGCUCUAGCGGACGCUGCCAGGCGUGGAAAAAUACGGAGAUGGGCGAGAUGGAGGGCGUGAACUCAAGCAUGGUUCUAGCAGUGGAGGCCAGUCGGUCCACGCUGAAUUACCUGCGUUCGGUGAUUGGAUUCAUCCGUGCCGAAACCUUCUGGAUGAUCAUCUUCUACCCCAUGUCCGCCAUCCUCACCAUCUUCUGCAACAUCCUGAUGAACCCGCUUGAUCCCCGCGCCGAGGAAGACCUCACACUGCUGAGCGUCGUUCCGGUAUUCAUCAAAGACGUUCGUCUUCGGCGUAUCACUAACAACGAGAUUUCGCAUAUGAAAAUGGUCGGUAACUUUGUCGCGGAGCUGACUCGUCUUGGGCACUGCGCUAUUGACAAGGCCCGUCGUAACUUGCGGUAAAUAUAGCACAUGUCACUUUCGCCUCUUAUUGUGCUUUGCCUUCUGCUUUAUUCCAUAUUGAUAUUCCCAUCCUUUUGGGAUUUUAGAUACCCAACCGACGUUGUGUCGAUGUUUCCAUGUACUUUCCUUUGUGGCCAUACUGCUGAUUUGUUCAUCCAUCUCUUCUGAUCUAUACAGUGUAUAUCUGCAUGACAAAACCAUGUCCUGUUUCAUAAUAUUAUUUUCCCCUGUGCUUAUGGAGAUCAUACUUGAUGCUCAUACCGUACUUUAU